AUGCUUUGGAGCGACGGGUCAUCAGAAUGCCGACCGCCGUCUAUGGAUGAGUCGUCAAAAAUCUCUGCUGCUGAGGACAAGGGCUUUCUGGGUUUACAUGCUCCCAACGACACAACAUCACAUGUGGCUCGAGGACUUGAUAAUUUGGGAAGCAUGAAUUGGCACAUUGUAGUGGUCUGGUUUACAGCAUUAUUCCCAUACGUUGUAUUGGGUGUGCUAUUCAUACGAGGCAUAACAUUGCCAGGAUCAGAGAUGGGCAUCGAGUACUACUUAAAACCAAAUAUUAAAAUGCUGAAG